CAUGAAAAACACGUGACAAUUUCAAUUAACAACGCGAAAGUGGUGACUACCGCGACAGCCGCAAUUGCAACGGUACCGGAAUUUAGGAGAGUCAAAGACGCAUCUACGUCGACAAGCCUCCGCGAUACGGCAAUAGUCUCAAGCGCUGUAAACUUAUUAAUUAAUUCUACUCCACGCCUUUAUUAUCUUCCACCAACUCUAUCCCAACAUUUCUACUCCUAGCUUCAUUUCGACGGGAAAAAAGGGAAAAUAUAUAAAACAGUGUUAUGGGUGUUUCCAGAUGGGUUUUCUUGAUAUAUUCUCUUCUAGUGAUUCCACCAAAUCCCAUUGGUUGUUUGAGUUCAAAGGAGAUUUCAGAGAUUCCAGUAAGUUUUCUCAAUUUUGCCAAGAAAGCUGAGGUCUUUGAUUGGAUGGUUGGUAUUAGGAGAAGGAUUCAUGAGAAUCCUGAGCUGGGCUAUGAAGAAUUUGAGACUAGUAAGCUUGUAAGAGAAGAAUUGGAUAAGAUGGGGAUUCCUUAUAAGUAUCCUGUUGCUGUUACUGGUGUGGUUGGAUUUGUUGGUUCAGGAGAGCCUCCUUUUGUUGCCUUAAGGGCUGAUAUGGAUGCACUUGCCAUGCAGGAAAUGCUGGAGUGGGAGCACAAGAGCAAAAAUCCUGGGAAGAUGCACGCUUGUGGACAUGAUGCACACGUUGCAAUGCUACUCGGUGCUGCAAAGAUUCUACAAGAGCAUCGCGAAAUUUUGAAGGGAACAGUUGUUCUUGUCUUCCAACCAGCUGAAGAAGGAGGUGGAGGGGCAAAGAAAAUGAUAGAUGCAGGGGUGAUAGAAAAUGUCAAAGCCAUCUUUGGUCUCCAUGUCAAACCUGACUUGCCUGUGGGUGAAGUGGAAAGCAGACCUGGUUCUUUGUUGGCUGGAAGUGGCUUUUUUGAAGCUGUAAUAAGUGGAAAAGGUGGUCAUGCUGCGAUUCCUCAGCACUCUAUAGAUCCAAUAGUAGCAGCAUCCAAUGUGAUUGUGAGUUUACAACAUUUAGUUUCCCGAGAAGCUGAUCCUCUUGACUCUCAGGUAGUUACGGUGGGCAAAUUCCAAGGAGGUGGGGCAUUUAAUGUCAUACCUGAUUCAGUAACUAUUGGUGGCACUUUUCGAGCCUUCUCUAAGGAGAGCUUGAUGCAGCUCAGACAGCGGAUUGAGGAGGUCAUUGUUGGGCAAGCUGCUGUCCAGAGGUGCAACGCUACUGUAAACUUUCUUUCCACUGAGAAGCCUUUCUUCCCUCCGACCGUUAAUAAUAAAGACUUGCACAAUCACUUCCUAAAAGUUGCUAGUGAUAUGGUUGGCACAGCCAAUGUCAAGGAGAUGCAACCAUUGAUGGGAUCUGAGGACUUCUCAUUUUUCCAAGAGGUUAUACCUGGUUACUUCAUUUUUAUUGGAGUAAAGGAUGAAAAAAAUACGAAGCCUGCAUCAGUGCACUCACCAUUUUUUAAGAUCAAUGAAGAUGCGCUUCCUUUGGGUGCUGCUCUUCAUGCAUCUUUGGCUAUUAGGUUUCUUCUUGAAAGCAAUGCUGAGACUCCAUUGCUGAAUCAGAAGCUUCGUGAUGAACUAUAAGCCUUCAAAAGUCAUCAUUUUUUUAUCAACGGUUCAAAACGAUGCCUAUCUGUAAAUACUGUAUGCAUUGGUCAAUUUUGCUUUCCGAAAGUGAAAACAAUUGAUAAAAUUUCAAUCCGAGCGCAUUCCAGUUUCCAGCCAGCCUUCUUUUUCUUCUCCAACUUUUCUGCUUUCUCUUUGGGUGAAAAAGGCAUUAGCAAAGAGGCUUUCCGCGUCAGCAGAGUAGAAUGGUAUAAUCCUUAGUAUGCUGUUUAGUCGUCAAAGGUCUAGCCAUAGUAGUGUUCUUUCAAUUCCUUGAAAUAAACACAGAGAUGUAAUAUAGUCUCUCCAAACUUCUAGAGGAUCAUAAUGCUUUUGUUAGAAUUUUUCUUGAACAAUGGACACAAAAACCUCUUAACCUUAUUUGUCAUUAUAAUCUUGGAAGUCUGAAAGCA